UCAACAUGGUCCAUUUUAAAAUCCACCCACCCGCGAUUUAGUUACAUACUCGCUACUCACUCACAAGACACCUGUUUGUCCAUGCUUCCUUCUCUCUCAAUACUCAAUCAUGUCUUCUCAGCCCCUUAUGUUGUUGCACGCGAAGUAUGAGUCGCGUAUGGACGACGUGGCCGAUAUCUGGAGAAGUGUGAUUGUGCCUGCCAAUUUUACUCUGUUCCAGCUCCAUAUCGUUCUGCACGAGGUUUUCCAGUUGAUUGAAUCUGAUGACUCUACCCACAGUUUCCGUCCUGCUAAAUCCAUCUACCCUGAACACAACUUUACAUAUUUCGAGCCUGUCAGUCCAGCCAAGGUUACGCAGGGAUGGAUGAAGGAGAUCGCGCAUGGUGUUUAUAUAGAUCGUUCGCUGUGUGGUGGUGGUAGCUCGGAUGCUAGCUUGGUGCGAAUCGUUCGAGAUGACAGAGUGUAUCGCUUGGAUGACCAUUUCUUUGUAUCCCCGCUUCUGAUGUAUGGAUUUGAAGGGGCUCACACACCGAGACAAGAGAUACUGAUCGAAUGCAAACACAUUUUCACGUCGGCAAGAUCCACCAGCACUCCACGGGUCGUCGCAGGAGCAGGCCAUAUCACCCAGCAAUGUACAGAAGCCAAUCAAGUGGAUAUUGAAAUGUUACAAGCAGCGUUCAAAAAGUCUCACCAAUGGCAUGGCGAUGUGUGUUGCGUUUGUACGCGAUACCAAUCGGCCCAUCAUCGAACCUGUCAGAGCCAGCAUUGUUUGAAAAUGGAUCGUGGUCGAGCUCAAAGCGAAGAGGAUGUUCAUGAAGCCUGGUGGUUCAAUCGACACAGCUCUACUGAUGACCUUCCAUCUCUUCUCACUCGCGGCCCAUGCAACUUCACUGCUCUGGAAGACGGAGAACGAGUAUGCCACGCAUUCAUAGCUUAAUCUGUUGUAUCUCCUGUCUGUACCAAAUAGCGUU